GACUCGUUCGUUUUAGUCAGCUUUCUGUAGCUAAGCCGUGAAGUUCAACUCGAAGCGACAGAUUUACGAACCUCACAGAUAUGCAACGGCCGUGCAGUGCAUUGUUUGCUCUGCUGCUGGUGAGCCUCGGGGUGCAAGAACUGAUGGCUGCACCUUCCAUUGACAAUGCCGCCUAUACAAAUGAUGAUCUGGUAGCAGAGGAAACGCAAAAGUCACUUUCGUUAAAAGUGGCGCCGGUCUUGAAGAGGAGCCACAUCCACAGCCACAACCACAGUCACAAGCGCCAUCGUAGCCAUCCCCACCACGCCGACUAUCCUCAUCUUAGGAAGUGGGAACAUGGAUAUGGCCAUCAACAUCAUCAGGGUUGUCAUCAUGACUCCGAUGAAUUUGAUUUUGAUGAUUUUGGUCCACGGGCGCAUAAUGGUUUUCCGUCUCAUGGUUUUCCACCCCAUGGAUUUCCGCCGCCUGGCUAUGGACACUUUCCUCCCAAGACACCAGAGUAUCCUUUUAAGGCACCUUUGGCGCCAUUUGGAGAUGAUAAUGCAAAAGCUACGCCCGCAGAGCCCAGAACAAGCACAACCGAUAGGGUACAGCCUCAGCCUCAGCCUCAGCCCACAGCUGCUGUCACAACAACAACUACUCCAACAACAACUACCCCCACAGAGGAACCAGCUCUGAAUAUUGACUUGCGUAUUGGCACUUAG